CUAGUUAUGUACUUGCUUCUCCUCCAGCUGUUUUAACAUAAAUAAAUUGAAAAUUAUCUUAAAAAAAUAUUAAUUUACUUGUUUUUUUGCAAUAAAAUAUGCUUUGCCAUGAAGGUAGAUUAAGUUUGUACUGCUUUUUUGGCACAGCAGGAAUCAUUCUAACAUUAUGUGUGCCACAUUUUGUGUUGGAUAUUGUGCCAAACGUUUGGGGCGCCGCUUUGUGGGGCCCUUUUCUAUAUUAUGCUUUAAUCAAUAUGAUUUUAAGAUUUUCACUUAAAAACAAUGAUUAUCAGAUCGCCAUUAGAGCUUCCUUGUUGGGCUUUGUAUCUUCAGUCAGUGCUCUCCUCAUCAUCUUUGCCCCUGGCUCUUGGAAGCAAUUUGGAGUGUAUGGAUUUUUCUUAUCAUUCUUCCACUACUCGGAGUUUUUGGCCAUUGCUUGGUCAAACCCAUCAAGUCUUUCCAUCGAUUCAUUUAUUCUCAAUCAUUCUCUGCACUAUGCGAUUGCUGCAACAAUGAGCUGGACAGAAUUCGUCCUGGAAACCUUGUUUCUGCCUGAUUUCAAAUCAACAUACUCAAUUUGGGUGAUUGGGGUGGCGCUUUGUCUGUUUGGAGAAAUAAUGAGGAAAUCAGCCAUGAUAACAGCCAUGUCCAAUUUCAAUCAUCUCGUCCAAUAUGUAAAAGCUAAAGAUCAUCAACUUGUAACACACGGUGUGUACGCUUAUGUAAGGCAUCCGUCGUAUGUUGGUUGGUUUUGGUGGUCCAUUGGCACUCAAAUUAUUCUGUUGAAUCCAAUUUGCAUUUGUCUCUAUACAAUUGUUAGUUGGAAAUUCUUCAAAGACAGGAUAUUUGUGGAAGAGAUAACAUUACUUAACUUCUUUGGCGUCCAGUAUUAUGAUUAUCAGCAGAAAGUGCCUGCUGGAUUACCAUUUAUUAAAGGCUAUGAAAUUAAUAAGAGCCAAUAAGAGUUUGUGUAGUUUGCCAAAAUUGUAAAUAAUGCAAAUGUAAAUUUUACUUAAUAUCAAGAGUGUGUAUAGAUAGAAAAAAAGAUUUAACUUAAGAAGCCCGUGCUAACUUCUAUUUAACAAUUAAAGUAGAAUCUAUAUUAUGUAUAUUUGUAUUUCCUUCAAAGUAGAUUAAUUUAAAAUU